GAAGAGAUCGUCACUUCCGGUGUUUCAGUUGUUUCUGCUGGCGGGAACCUGAGCUCUGUACUCUCAUCAAAACACAGUUGAGACAGAUACGUUUGUCAACUUUGUCCACUUCUAGUCAUGUCCCGGAUCCUGAACGCUAUCGUGGCGGUGUGUCCCGACCUGGGCAUCGGCAGGAACGGAGACCUGCCCUGGAACCCGGUCAGACUCAACAAUGAAUUUAAACAUUUUCGAAAGAUGACGUCCACUCCAUCCGUGGAAGGGAAGCAGAAUGUGGUGAUCAUGGGCAGGAAGACGUGGUUUUCCAUCCCAGAGAAGAACAGACCCCUGAACAACCGCAUCAACAUCGUCCUCAGCAGAGAGCUCAAAGCGCCCCCUGCUGGAGCCCACUACCUGGCUGCAGACUUCAGCUCAGCUCUCAGGCUGGUGGACGUGGAGCUGGCAGACCGGGCCGACCAGGUCUGGGUGAUCGGGGGCAGCUCACUCUAUAAGGAGAUGAUGGAGAGCCCAGGAACCCGGCGGCUGUUUGUCACCCAGAUCCUGAAGCAGUUCGAGUGCGAUACUUUCCUCCCCGAAAUCAGUCCAGACAAAUACCGGCAACUGACAGAGUUUCCAGGAGUGUCGAAGGAGCUGCAGGAGGAGAACGGCAUCCAGUACCGAUUCGAAGUCUAUGAGAGCAUCUAGAGGUGAAGGGAGUUAGAGAAAGUAACUGAUGUAGAUGAUUACUGAAGAUAAUGUACAUACGGCUGUUUUAAGUCAGGUUUUGUAAUUUAUACAGUGUGAUGUGACACCGUUGGAAGUCGAUCCAAAACCACAUCAUUACCCUAGUAACAGUCAUUAUAUUCACCUGUAUAUAGUGUCAGGAAAAGUCUCUUUACAAUAUAACAAAUGUAUUACAAAGGCAAGUGAAUAAACGAUUCUGUGGAAAUGAUUACAAAAUGA